CAUCCCCACUCAUUGCCAGUAAUGCGGAUCUUCUAAGAAUCUAAGAAGGAAGCGAAAUAUCUAGAGACUUUCCGAUAAUAACUCUCUCCGACCCCCUUAAACCCUGGAAGAUUGUAUCUCUCUGUUUUGCAUCUGAUGGAUGACUCGAGUGGGGCAACGGCAAGGAUGAUCGACGAGAUAUACGAGUUCUCAGCGCCGCGUUUCUUUGAUUUCAUCAAAGGAGAGUCGGAAGAAGAAACGCGUGAAGCCGAGCUCUGGUUUGAAACCGCCUUAAGCUACGCCCCUUCUCCUUGUAUGGUUAAAAUUAAGGCCGGUAAUCGAUCCGUUCAUGUUGAGAGUCUCUGCAAUUUCAGUGAAGAAGAUCAAAUUCAAAAGGCCUCGGAAGCUUCAGAUGAAGCAGUUCCUAAUCCUAAUGGCGCAGAAGACAAGCCUCAAACCGUGCCUGAUAAAGUAAAGGAAGCAGCUCCUAAUCCUAAUGGCUCAGAGGACAAGCCUCAAACUGUGGUCGUGCCUGAUAAAGUAAAGGAAGAAGAAGUCAAACCCUCUGAGGCAAAUGUUGAAAACAAUCAAAUUGUCAAUGAGAGUCCUAAUCAUAAAGACAAGGAGCAAGUAGAGAUUCUAUGUGCUCAAGAGAAAGAAAGUGUCCUGACUGAAAAAGGACGUUCAAAUGUAACUGGUGACAAGGAGAAAGCCAAUUCUUCUGUGCAAGUAGAAACCGAAGCUUGCACUCCUAAACCAUUGAUGAAUUCUCAGAAAAAACCGUUGAGUGACAAGAAGCACCAGACAGCUAAAAAGAUAGCUAGUAUGAUAAGGAAUCCAUCAUCAGUGUUGAAGCCGAAAAAAGGCAGUGCUGGAACUCCUAAUUUGGCUCUAGAGAACCAAGCCAUUAAACGUCAGAAACUAGAUGCAGGGAGGUCUAGACAGAUCCUAAACGUAAAAUCCCACCACUUGCCCCACAAGUCGAAACUCGGUCUUAUCAGUGGUAGUUCCAACUUGUGCUCUUCUACGGCUAAAACUUCUAACAAAUUGGAAAGAAAGGUUUAUGUUCGAGAACCAGCAGCACCAUUCGUCUCAAUGGCCGAAAUGAUGAAGAAAUUCCAAUCGAGUACCAGAGAUUUAUCACUUCCUAACAGUUUUCCUUCAAAUAUUAAGCCUACGCUCAAAUUGACAAGGCCAAAAGAACCUGCAUUUGAAACAGCUCAGAGAGUGCGCUCUGUUAAAGUAAAGAGCACCGCGGAGCUUGAGGAAGAAAUGAUGGCUAAAAUUCCAAAAUUCAAAGCUAGGCCACUAAAUAAGAAGAUUUUUGAAGCUCAAACGGUACCUGUAUUACCAAGAAAAGCUCCAAAGCCUCCAGAAUUUCAGGAAUUUCAUUUAGAGACAAUGACUAGAGCCAAUAAGAACGCAGAGACGCCUUCAAUAGCUUCAACAGAAGUUUCUCGUCAGAAUAAUCCGUGGAGACCUCAUCUCACAGAACCCAAAACCCCUACACUUCAAACAUCACUGAGGGCACGGCCUUCAAAGGUCAAAAGUUCUGUUGAAAUUGAGGAGGAAGAACUUCAAAAAGCACCAAAAUUUAAGGCAAGGCCAUUGAACAAAAAGAUAUUUGAGAGCAAAGGAGAAUUGGGAAUCUUCUAUAAUGCAAAGAAACAAGCGACAAUACCUCAAGAAUUCCAUUUUGCAACAAAUGAUAGGAUACCUCCAGCAGCAUCCGUUGUUGAUUUAUUUGACAAGCUUUCUCUGAAAUCAGAAUCUAGCCAUGAUCCAAUUCCAAGAAACACCAUUCCCAAUCCAUUCCAUCUGAAAACAGAGGAAAGAGCAGUUGAGAAGGAAAGGAAGUUUGUGAUAGAAAUUAUAGAGAAGCAGUUUCAAGAGGAAAGAGCCAGGGUUCCCAAGGCUAAUCCAUAUCCUUACACCACUGACUACCCUGUGGUUCCUCCAAAACCAGAACCCAAGCACUGUACAAAACCAGAACCCUUCCAAUUGGUGAGUCUGGUGCGGCAUGAGGAGGAGAUGCAAAGAGAGAUGGAAGAAAGAUUGAGAAAGGAGAAAGAAGAGGCAGAGAUGAGGAUCUUCAAAGCCCAACCAAUUCUAAAAGAGGACCCAAUUCCUGCUCCAGAGAAAGUACGCAAGCCCCUGACUCAAGUGCAAGAAUUCAGUCUCCAUGUUAAUCACAGGGCGGUGGAAAGAGCAGAAUUCGAUCAAAAAAUCAAAGAGAAAGAAAUGAUGUACAAGAGAUACAGGGAGGAGAGUGAAGCUGCUAGAAUGAUAGAGGAAGAGAAGGCAGUGAAGCAAUUGAGAAGGACAAUGGUUCCCCAUGCUAGGCCUGUUCCAAAGUUUGACAAUCCAUUCUGCCCACAAAAGUCUUCCAAGGAAACAACAAAACCCAGAUCACCACAUCUUCGGGUUGUACAGAGGAAAGAAAGGAGGAAAAUAAUGAGUACUCUGUCUACUGCAACUUCCAGUCCCGCCACUAGUAUGAGGUGAUUUUGGUUUGAGGAAGGCAGGCCGCUGGGGUUGUUCAAGAACUUUUGAGGAACCCCUGGGUUGGUUCAAAUUGUAAAAAAAAAGAAAAGGAAAUUCUUUGUACCAUUAAUUUCAUUAGACCCCGAAAUAUGUAAUUCUACUUGGCAUGAAAUUAUUUAUGGAUUUUAUUAUGAAGUAGAAAGCAAAAUCGGUUUUCUCA